GGUAGCCAUGCAGAGCGCACCCUUGGAGCAGCCAGCUAAGCGACCCCGCUGCGAUGGCAGCCCAAGGACGCCACCGAGCACUCCUCCUGCAACAGCUAAUCUGUCUGCAGACGACGACUUCCAAAACACCGACCUCCGAACCUGGGAACCGGAGGACGUGUGCUCCUUCUUAGAGAAUCGUGGUUUCCGAGAGAAGAAAGUGCUGGACAUCUUCAGAGACAAUAAAAUCGCCGGCUCGUUUCUGCCCUUUUUGGAUGAGGAUCGUCUGGAAGAUCUGGGAGUAAGUUCCUUGGAGGAGAGGAAGAAGAUGAUAGAAUGUAUCCAGCAGCUGAGUCAGUCUCGGAUUGAUCUAAUGAAGGUAUUUAAUGAUCCCAUUCAUGGCCACAUUGAGUUCCACCCUCUCCUUAUCAGAAUCAUCGACACACCUCAGUUCCAGCGACUUCGCUAUAUCAAGCAGCUGGGGGGCGGCUACUAUGUUUUCCCUGGAGCGUCCCACAAUCGCUUCGAACACAGUCUCGGAGUGGGGUACCUAGCAGGCUGCCUGGUGCGAGCACUUGCCGAAAAACAGCCAGAGCUACAGAUCAGUGAGCGAGAUAUACUCUGUGUUCAGAUUGCGGGGCUCUGCCACGACCUAGGUCAUGGGCCAUUUUCUCAUAUGUUUGAUGGAAGGUUUAUCCCACGGGCUCGCCCAGAGAAAAAGUGGAAGCACGAACAGGGCUCCAUUGAGAUGUUUGAGCAUCUGGUCAAUUCUAAUGAACUCAAACUUGUCAUGAAGAACUAUGGUCUCGUCCCUGAAGAAGACAUUACCUUUAUCAAGGAACAAAUUAUGGGACCACCUAUAACACCAGUCAAAGAUUCCUUGUGGCCGUAUAAAGGCCGCCCUGCCACGAAGAGCUUCCUUUACGAGAUAGUGUCUAACAAGAGGAAUGGCAUCGACGUAGACAAAUGGGAUUAUUUUGCCAGAGACUGUCACCAUCUUGGAAUCCAAAAUAAUUUUGAUUACAAGCGCUUCAUUAAGUUUGCCCGUAUCUGUGAAGUGGAGUACAAGGUCAAGGAGGACAAGACCUACAUCCGUAAGGUGAAGCACAUUUGUUCGAGAGAAAAGGAGGUUGGAAAUCUGUAUGACAUGUUCCACACUCGCAACUGCUUACACCGAAGAGCUUACCAACACAAGAUCAGCAACCUCAUCGACAUAAUGAUUACAGAUGCCUUCCUCAAAGCAGACCCCUACGUGGAGAUUACAGGGACUGCCGGGAAGAAGUUCCGCAUUUCCACAGCCAUUGAUGACAUGGAAGCCUUCACUAAGUUGACGGAUAACAUUUUUCUGGAGGUUUUACACUCUACUGAUCCACAGUUGUCUGAGGCCCAAAGUAUUUUAAGGAACAUUGAAUGCCGCAAUCUAUACAAGUAUUUGGGUGAGACCCAGCCAAAGCGUGAGAAGAUUAGGAAGGAAGAAUAUGAACGGCUUCCCCAAGAAGUUGCUAAAGCCAAACCUGAAAAAGCCCCGGAUGUUGAACUGAAGGCCGAAGAUUUCAUAGUUGAUGUUAUCAAUGUGGAUUAUGGGAUGGAAGACAAGAAUCCAAUCGAUCGUGUUCACUUCUAUUGUAAGAGCAACAGCAAGCAAGCGGUCAGGAUCAAUAAAGAGCAGGUGUCACAACUGCUGCCAGAGAAAUUUGCAGAGCAGCUCAUUCGGGUGUACUGUAAGAAGAAAGACGGGAAGAGCCUGGACGCCGCCGGGAAGCACUUUGUUCAGUGGUGUGCGCUCAGGGACUUCACCAAGCCACAGCAAUGUGGGGCUGGAGAGAUGGCUGAGGACCCUGAUUCAAUUCCCAGCACCCAGCAGCCACAUGCGGCUCACAACCAGCUGUAACUCCAGUUCCAGAGGAUCUGAUGCCCUCUUCUGGCCUCCGAUGGUGACAUUAUAGCUCCACUCAUAACACCUCUGAAAUGGAAUAAUAAGACUUCAUCUUGCCUCCAAGAAGUAUCCAAAGUAAAAACAUGUCUAAAAUUUUAAGUGAAUAUCUGCGGUUAGUUCUUUUCAAAAACCUCUUUCCCUCUUCACAAUUAAGUUAGGAAAUAUAAUCCGGGCCCACCAAUGACCUUUAUUUAGUAUCUGGAAUGUAUUCUCGUGCUGGGGUGGGGGGGUCUCGUUUUCAUUCAAAAUGAAAAAUGGUAACAUUAACAAAUUUUUCCUAUCUAGCCUGUGGUGGUUUGACUAAGAAUGGUCCCAUAAGGUCAUAUAAUUCAAUGCCUGGUCACCAGGGAGUGGAACUGUUUGAAAGGAUUACAAGGAUCGAGACAGUGUGGCCUUGCUAUAGGAAGUGUGUCACAGAAGAUGUGCAUGCUCUUGUACUCUCUCUCUCUCUCUCUCUCUCUCUCUCUCUCUCUCCCUCCCUCCCUCCCUCCCUCCCUCCCUCCCUCCCUCCUGUCCAUCAGCUACCACACAGCGCCUGUUCCUCGCCAUGAUGGUGGAUUAACCCUCUGAAGCUGUAAGCACACCCCCAGUUAACCGCUUUCCUUUAUAAGAGUUGCCUUGGCCGUGGUGUCUCUUGACUGAGACAGAUGCUGUAAGAAGCAUUAUCUGGUGUAUUUUUAGCACUGACUGAAACCUUUCUCCUUUAGCAACCUAUUUCCCAGGAUAACUCUCCCAUCUAUCCUGAACUCUUGGGACAAAGGAUUGCCUUUUGUUUUUAAAUCAGGAAUUGAGACAAGGGUACAAACUAGAAUGGAAAUUGUGAUGCGCCGUGUAGUUAAAAAAAAAACCAAAAUCCCAGCCCACUGAAGAGGUGCCCGGCACCCUGCUCCCCCCACAACACCCCACCACUUCCAUCCCUGUUAAGUGCCAGGCAUGGGGGGCAUCGGGAGCAGUUCUUUCCUCAGAGGAGCUGAGGUGUGUCAGGCGGGUACUCUACCGAUGACCUCAGCUCCAUCUCUGUCUUCCUGGUACAACUCCCCCUGUCCCCUGCUUUAGGAGAGGCUAGGUUCAGAGGACACCUCAUACCAGGCUACUCCUGAGUCUGUCGUGACUCCAGACAAAAUCAGAGUUUUAAAGCACCUGCAACCCCUCCAGCCCCAGGGGACUCACUGCUGCCAGCCUGGGGACAGGUCUUCGCCCAUCUCUUCUGAGCUGAACUGGUCAGCUGACCACCGACCCCACCCUCUGGCUGCUCUCUCCGGCACCACUGUUGCUGCAGUGUGUUUACGGGUUUUAGAACAUUCUGGACUGCCUUUGUGAGCUUAGCAGACUGCGCAGUGAGUCUCAGGUUCUCUUUGUAGCUUGCUGUUCCUACCAGUGCCGAGCCGCUGUGGUUCUCCCUGCUGCCCCCCUCACCCCCACUUUGCACAGCUUUACCAGGAAUUGAGUCCAAUUGGAGCCAACAGUGGUCAACAGAAAUGCUAGAGAUGCAGGCAGUGGGGACAGAGGCAGGAGCUGGAGGCGACAUCUUAGUGAUGAUGCUCUCCCGGGCGAGCAGCCUUGUGCUGCCUCUCUCCUCCGGGUAGCCACGUUCUGUCUUGUCCACUCAUGGGUGAAGAGUAUUUGGUGUGUCUGCCACUAUGGGGUCAUAAAUGCACACGGGAGGUGCUAGCUCCCCCACUAGCCACGGUGCCUCUGUAGAUCCACGAGACAGCUAGGGGUCCCCCUCCCCUUUGUGUGCCCAGACUCAAGGUUAAGAAGUGGAAAGUUUUCUGCGAAUAUUUUUGUAUUUUUGCCAGUCUAUAUUUUUUAAAUCAUUAUGGUUUAUUGUGGAGUUUUGUAGUCCUAAUUUUGUACCAUGGUAUGUGGGAAACAAAUCUGACCCAUUUUCUGCCUUUGAUGCUGUUUUCCUUGUGAGUACCUGUGUCGUUUACGAGACUGCAUUAAAAAUGGAGAUUUUAACA